AUGAAGGAGGACGUUGUGCGAAGAUUGGGCAAAUCAAGGGACAUCGCAUUAAGGCGUCUACUGUCAACCGAAAGGAGACUUGCAAGGGACGUAAAUUUAAGGGAACAGUACGUGCUGUUCAUGGAGGAAUAUAUGCAGCUAGGUCACAUGCAAAAGAUUACUGAAGCCGAUCAAGACUUAACCGAACGAUGCUAUCUACCACACCAUCCAGUAGUCAAGGAGACUAGUACCACAACAAAAAUUCGAGUAGUAUUUGAUGCGUCAUGCAAAACAUCCUCGGGAGUAGCUCUAAACGAUGGAUUAUUGGUGGGACCGGUUAUUCAGGAUGACUUACGUUCGAUAGUUCUUCGCUGUAGAAUCAAGCAAAUUAUGCUCGUUGCUGAUGUCGAGAAGAUGUUUCGACAGAUUCUAGUUCGAUACGAGGACCGGCACUAUCAGUCUAUACUUUGGCGCCCUUCACCAAAUCAGGAAGUUGAUACCUUCGAACUUAAUACAGUCACUUACGGAACAAAGCCAGCACCGUUUUUAGCAACUCGAACGCUCAAACUACUGGCAAUGGAUGAGAGAGAAUCCCUCCCCCUAGCAGCCAAAGCAGUGGAAGAAGAUAUAUAUAUGGACGACGUGAUAACGGGUGCAAAUACAAAGGAGGAGGCGUUGGAGCUUCAGAUCCAGUUGAACGAGAUGUUGAAAAGGGGAGGAUUCAGGCUUCGAAAAUGGGCUUCAAAUUGCCCUGAAGCUCUACACGGAAUUUCUGGAGAAAGUCUGGCAAUUCGUGACUAUUUUGGAAUCAAUAUCAGCCCUGAUUCGAUGGUGAAGACCUUAGGGUUGAAUUGGUCGCCCCAAAGGGAUGAAUUCAUGGUAUCGUUCAAUAUUUCCCCACUGGACAAAACUAAACCUAUCACCAAACGACAAGUGUUAUCCAUCAUAGCUACGCUGUUCGAUCCACUAGGUCUGAUUGGAGCGGUCAUAACAACAGCAAAAGUAUUUAUGCAGCAAAUAUGGACAUUGCGCUGCAAUAAUAAUCACAGUUUUGAUUGGGAUCAGCCACUACCUUCAAUGGUGGGUGAGAGCUGGCGCAAAUUUUAUGAGCAGCUUCACAGUAUGAACAACAUAAGGAUAGAUCGCUGUGUCAUUAUUCCAGGAGCAGUUUCGGUACAGCUCCACUGUUUCUCAGAUGCUUCAGAGAAGGCCUAUGGUGGCUGCAUAUAUGUGCGUAGCGAGAAUUCCGAAGGGAAGAUAAUUGUGCGAUUGUUGACGUCGAAAUCAAAGGUUUCUCCACUAAAAACGCAAUCUAUACCUCGGUUGGAACUUUGUGGAGCUCUACUAACCGCCCAAUUAUUCGAGAAGGCCAUGCGAGCUACUCAUUUGAAUGUACCGACAUAUUUUUGGACUGACUCAACAUGUGUGCUACGGUGGAUCCAAUCAGUUCCCACGACUUGGACCACGUAUGUUGCCAAUAGAGUAGCCAAGAUCCAGAAUAUCACAGAAGGAUUUGAAUGGAGGCAUGUUUCCGGAAUUCAGAAUCCAGCAGAUAUGAUAUCGAGAGGAAUCUUCCCAAACGACAUCCAGCAAAAUGAAAUUUGGUGGUAUGGACCUCAUUGGUUAGCUGAAACAUCGAUCAAAUGGCCUUCUAUAGGUUUUACCCAACAUGAUGAAGCGGAAGAUGAACGACGACAUUUGGUAAUCGCGGCUCCUACAACAACUUCACCCACGGCUGAAUUCAACGAGUGGUAUUUAGAAAAAUUUUCAUCGUACUCGAAUUUACUUCGGCGCACAGUUGUUUGGUUGCGUCUAAUGGAGUAUCUGAUAAAAUCUCCGGAUAAAAGAACUGGGUUUAUCACAACUGACGAGCUUCAUCGCGCUGAACGAAUAUUAGUACGUUGUGUGCAAAAGGAAUGUUUCGUUGAAGAAUGGAAGGCAUUAUUGAAGAAUGAUUCGGUACCCCGAAAUUCUCCGCUCCGGUGGUUCAACCCAUAUGUAUCCAAGGAUCAAGUUUUGAGAGUUGGUGAACGGUUGCGGAAUGCUGCCGGGUGCGAUGAUACUAAACAUCCAAUGGUGUUACCAGCCCGUCAUCGCUUCACGCGAAUGCUAUUGAAACAUUAUCAUGUACGUCUGUUCCACGCAGGGCCACAACUUUUAUUGAACACUGUUAGACUUCGUUUCUGGCCGCUAGGUGGACGGAGUACUGCCAAACAAAUUGUGCAUCAAUGUAUCAAAUGUUUUCGUUCGGAACCAUCACUAAUACAGCAAUUUAUGGGUGAUUUACCAGCCGCUCGUGUAACCAUAUCCAGACCAUUUUCAAAAACCGGUAUUGAUUAUUUUGGACCAGUUUACAUAAGACCCGGACCUCGUCGUACAGCAGUCAAGGCUUACGUUUCGUUAUUUGUAUGCAUGUGCACUAAGGCGGUACAUUUGGAACUAGUGAGUGAUUUAUCUACAGAUCGAUUCAUACAAGCCUUACGAAGAUUUAUGGCGCGAAGAGGAAAGUGCACCGAUAUAUACUCGGACAACGGCACAAAUUUCGUUGGAGCUAGGAACAAGCUUCGAGAGUUCAUGCGGCUACUUCGGGAUAAACAGCAUAGUGACAAGAUAUCAAGAAUGUGUGCAGAUGAAGGCGUUCAGUGGCACUUCAAUCCCCCUAGUGCCCCACACUUUGGAGGACUUUGGGAGGCAGCUGUACGAUCAGCAAAACAUCACCUAUUGAGAGUAAUUGGAGAAAAUCCAGUGUCGAUAGAAGACAUGACGACUUUGCUGGCACAAGUAGAAGCUUGUCUUAACUCCAGACCAAUAACUCCUAUUUCGAAUGAUCCGUGUGAUUUGCAACCGCUAACUCCUGCGCAUUUCCUAAUUGGUUCUUCACUGCAAGAUUUACCAGAACCGGAUUUAUUGGCGAUCCCAAGCAAUCGGCUGCACCAUUGGCAACUUAUUCAACAAAGGUUACAACAUUUCUGGAAGAGAUGGCAAGGAGAGUAUUUGUGUCAACUGCAAGGACGUUCGAAACGCUGGAAACCACCGAUACCCAUUCAAACUGGCAAACUGGUCAUCAUCAAGGAAGAUAAUCUGCCUCCAUUGCGCUGGAAGAUGGGAAGAAUCGAGGAGAUUCACCCGGGAAGCGAUGGAAUAGUGCGUGUAGUAACGUUGAAAACAGCUACAGGUUCGCUUCGAAGACCCAUCGAAAAGAUUUGUUUUUUGCCAGAAUUAAAUGAAGAAAAUUAUUGA